GUAUCUUCCCCUCUUCGUAGAUAAGGGCGGCAUAUUAUUAUUCCACGACUGUAGCACUCAUAUAGGAUUUAAGACAGACACCCUCACUAUUUCCUCAUUAGGUAAACCUAUCAGCUUACAUACCGAUGCAUAGUUGAUUCAGAUCACGACAUAUCGCACGGCAAGUCCUAUACAAAUGGCAUUCUAAGGAUCCUAUAAAGUUGGGCUCCUUUCUAUCGCGAUGUACUCUAUACCGACACCAAUCCUCUAUUCCAUUCGACAUAUCCCUCUUAUAUCAAGGUUUUAUCUGAAAGGCUCGACUCUCACCACAAUUCAUAUUUGAAUUGGCAACAUGAAGCGCAUUCUGACCUUUCUCACUCUGAGUGCUAUCGUUAUAGCCGCCCCUCCGAGUCCCACUCUUGGUGUGGAGAAACGAGCCCCUGAUGUCGACGAUGAAAUUAUAGCCGCUGGCAAGUAUCCAGCAAAAUUGGCUGCUAUUUGGGAUAAUCCGGAUGACGGUGAUGCUGGCAUAACCGCGACAAUCACGGCGCCUUAGUCGCGUAUGGU